GUGAGAUUGGUGGCCCUGCGUAUAGUCUUUCUGAAAACAAACAGAUCUGCGAAUAAGGAAACACGUGACGGUGACACACGACACACAGCAGACAAACUUGCCGCUUGCGGCUUGCGAAAGCCUCGCUGUAUUGGUUUUAAGUUUUCAAGCUUGGAGCAAAACUUCCAAGAGUUCAGUUUUUAUUUUUGACGAGGACUUUCCGACAUUCAAGUGUUGAAUCCGUGAUUUCGCUAUAGCAUGCCAUCCAAUUUUGACGAAACUUAGCCGUGCUUGGACCAACAAGGAAGGGGGCUAAGAGUUUCCUAACCAAAUCUGGAUGUUCACAUAGAACAGACUCAUCCCAUGGAUAUUACAGGACUGUUCCAGCACGUUGUUCAAAUGUUCAGCCUCGCCGGCGCAGCGGGCUCGUCGGGCUUCUGGAGCCGGCGCCUGGAGGAGGCGGACGCCGGGGCCGCCGGGGCCGCGCCCUCCGCGGACGGCCUCGACGCCAUGUCGCCGCACCCCAAGGGCCACCACCACAGCCCCGGACCCGGGCCCGGGCCGCCCUACAGCGGCUCGUACCGCAAGUUCGUGAACCACCUCGUGCGGUCCAACUUCUCGGACAGCCUGGACGAUGACUCCACGUUCGUCGGCGUGGACAAGCCCCCCGUCUCGGAGAUGGACGGGGAGGUGUCGCCUCCCAGACCACCACCCAGGGCACCGCGCGCCGCCCCGCGGCUCAGCAGGCCGCCCAGCCUGGCCAGCUUCUCGACGCUCCACGAGGACGCCGACGAAGGGCGGCUGCAGGGCACGGCGCAUCCGACGACGCUUCCACCCACUCCCGAGCGGCCGCCCCGCCUCCACGCCGGCCGGCGAGGAGGAUGA